GCGAUGAUCCUCUGAGAAACAAUGGUAUAUAAGAGUCGACUUCUUUCGCCUCCAACUCUUCUCUUUUUCAUCCAGCAGCGCAUCAUCCAUUCCUUCUCACGCUUCCACGCCAGUCAUUCUUUACCAAUACCUACCUUAUUAUAAUCUUAAUACCCUCACUCCAACCUUUUCUUCACGAAACACCAUCAAAAUGAAGGCCUCCUUUAUCACUGCCCUUGCUCUGGCCACCUCGGCCAUCGCCGCCCCCGCUGGCAUCCUCUCGAGCCUCACUGGAGUCACCAAGAGUGUGUCUUCUGGCUCCGUCACCUCCAGCAGCGAGGCUUCCAGCCCCGUUGCCAGCCCCGCCGCCAGCGGUCACGUCGUCCAGGAUGCUGGUGACAGCGUCGACCAGGUCCUGACUGUCACCGGACCUGACGCGAAGCAGCUUCUCAUCCAGCUGAGCCCCAAUGUUGCCAGCCUCCUCGCCAGCCUUGGUCUGCCCGGCGUUGGAACCUCAGUCGGUUCCGUCAUCGCCUCUGCCUCGUCCGUUGGCGAUCUCGUCAAGGAUCUUGGUCCCUCCGUUGACGGUCUUCUCACCGUUGUCGGCCAGGACGGCGGCGCUCUUCUGAUCCAGCUUGACCCCGAUGUCACCGGUCUCGUCUCCGGACUUGGCCUCCCCGGUGUUGGUGUCCCCGUGGGCUCUGUGCUCGCCACCGUUGGCUCCAACCUGAAGCGUUCCGCCGACGGCGAGAUUGUUCAGGAUAUUGCCCCUCAGGUCAAGAACAUCCUCGAAGUCACCGGCCCUGACGCCAAAACUCUCCUCGUCGAGCUUAGCCCCUCUGUCGCCUCGCUCGUUGCCAAUCUCGGUCUUCCCGGUGUCGGUACCUCCGUCGGAGAGGUCAUCAAGACCGCCGGCAACCUUGGCGACCUCCUCCAGGACCUGUCCACCCCCGUGGAGGAGCUCCUGACUGUUGUAGGCCAGGACGGCUCUUACCUCCUCAUCCAGCUGUCUCCCAACGUUGCCAGCCUCGUGGCCAGUGUCGGUCUCCCCGGUGUCGGUACCUCCGUGGGCACUGUUGUCAACACUGUCGGUGAGAACCUGUAAAUUGGUCUCUAGUGUCAGUCACAGUGUCUGCACUCUACAGCGAUGUCCCUCAGACCGGGUCCGGAUGGCCUCUGGUCUGAGAUGAUGCCGGCCUGGUUGGCGAGCCGGCCAUGAAGAGCCACGAGAACCCCCCAUGUAUAUUUAUUCUAUUUGUCCUGUACUCUCAAGCAGUGUUGCACAGUUGCAAUUGAUGGGGAAAAACCCCACGGUAUAGAUUUAAUCUUGAAUCCACGAGUUGAUUAAAAUGGUUGUUUCUGGUUGUUGGGUUGGGUUCCCAAGCCACGUGGUUUUGUUCGCACGAAACCGUAGCAGGUGUGCCUAAAAUAG